AUGUUGGUAUUGAUAGCCACAGCUCACAACAUCACGUUUCUAGAGGUACCGAUGUACGGUGAUCCUCACCAGGAAGCGAACCUUAUUUGCCACUAUAUGAAUGACCAGGGCGACCCCGCACUGCACUCCGUCAAGUGGUACAGAGGCAGUAACGAGAUAUUCAGGUUCACACCAGGACAACAGCCUCCGACAAGGACGUUCAACUCGACGGCAGGGGGCGUGACCAAAGGCUCAUGCAACCUGAACAGCUGUGCCAUCAGCGUGGUACUCCCUAGGAAUUACAAUACCAAGCUCUCGUUCACUUGUGAAGUGUCUACUGAGGGUCCACGGUUUGCAGUAGUCAAGCAGACCAAGGAAUUGACAGUGGCUGUGACGUUGAAGGAGGACCCGGUGAUAUCGGGAGUACCGGGCACUGUACAGCUAGGUGAAGACGUAUUGCUCAACUGCACCACUAAGCCGGCGAUGCCACCGGCCAAUAUCGUCUGGUAUAUUGAUGGGAGACCGGAUAGGACGGAUUUUGGUACGAGGAAUAAUAACACGCCAGUCUCACACGCCAACGACUACAACCUGCGAUCGAGUUGGCGAGCCAUCCGACUUCGAGUGGCGACCUCUAGAGGCUUCAUGGCCUUACGCUGUGAAGCUAUACAGCCAAUGCAACCCCCAUACAUCAGGGCUACGAAUGCGACCCUGGUAGUUGCAAGGUCGCCACAUUUAUCUAUGUUUACAGCUGCAGUGUGUGAGAGCCAUGCUUUGGCAAGAAUGGGUCGGCUCGACCGGAGUGAUACCAUGGCUUCACAGAAAACCGGCGUGAAACAACCACAGCGUUGUGUUUUGCCGUGUCGCCAACGCACUCGUUACUACUCCGUUGCCAUGGUGUCCAUGGGUGGCGCUGAUUGCUUACCAUCAGACCACAUUACCUAA